AGGGAAAAGAGAAGAUGGGGAAUUGCUCCAGUUCUUCAAAGGGAAAAGAGAAUAUGGAGAGCUGCUUCUCUCCACCUUCCUUGGCUGAAGAAGAAGUGGAGUUGGAUGAAAAUCCAGACGAAUUCUCAAAACAAGAUUUGGAAGUGGCUGAAAUCUUCCUCAAAUUCCAAGAAACUGUUGAAAGACAUAACCAACGUUGCGCUUCUGCCGCCCAAUCUCGCCCCUCCGCACCCCAACCUCGCUCUUCCGCCAAUAGGGGUGGAAAAAGAAAGCGACAUUGCCGUCCUCCAAGCAAUGGAGAAAAACCCAAAAUCCCAUCAAGUCCUUCCACCAAUCUUUCCUUGUUACCAAGCAUCAGUGAUUCUGCGCAGAAGAAGCCCUCCCAAAGGAGAGCUCCCAGGAAGAAGAAGUCAAGAAGAGAGGAGGGAAAUGACAUGGCAGCUGAGGUGAAAGCAAAACAAGAAAAGCCACAACAUGAAUCCUCUCCGGCUUUGGAGCAUUGGCAACUUUUGACUCUGGCCAGUCAUCAGGUGUCCACAUUGCAAGUUGUUGAUCCAUCUUUUCGUCAGGCACCCACAUUGUCCCAUCAUGCAUCAACAUCCUCUGUCAUCAAUCCAAUGGAAAUAAUUGAUCAGAAACCAUACAGUGAGGUAGCAGCAUUAGGGGUAGGCUUGGGCUUGUGCUUGAAAGAGAACUCCAGAGCUUAUAAUCUUCCUGAUUUAAACAUCCCUGUUGUUGCCGAGGAGCCUAAUCUAAAUAUGGCUACUGCUGUGGAGCCUACUCAAAUUAUUGCAUUGGUGGGGAGGAGGUUUCAGAUCAAAGGAAGGAGUUUGGUGCGAUUGUAACAGAGGUGAAAAAGGCAUAUGGCCUUUUUCUAAUUUUUCUUGGGACCUCUUCUUUUUCUUUCUUCUCUAUUCGUUUAAUUUUCAUCUCUCUUUUCUUUUUCUUUUUUUAAAUUCAAUUUUCCAGUGUAAGCCGAAGAAAAGGCAUCCAAGAGUUAAGGGGUUUGAUUUUGAAUUAUGCCAUCUGUCUCUUUGUAAAAACUCUCUUUGGAUUUGUUUAAAUUGUAUUUAAAGAGUUCAA